ACAGCAGAUCAGUGAACACACCAGUAUCAGCUUGCCAAUUGAUACGUGUAAGUCCAGGUUAGCCAGAGCUUGUGAGGUGUUCUUGACUGGUCAGCAGGACUAGUUUAUUUAAGCUGCAUUCAAAAAUUAAAUUUCUCUAUAUUGCAAAGUACCUUAUAUAGCAUUAAUUUAUUAUAGGUUACUGAACUCAAAAUAAGGAAUGGAAAGUCUCUAAUCAACAGGCUCUUACAGACACAGAGAAAAGAACGUAUCCACCUGAACAAGCCCAGUCUUGCCGAACAGCCCCGCAUGCAAGUUGGAGGUGGCCCCUCGGCAGUACGCUGGUUGGUGCUGCCGUGAGUGUGGCUGGAGGGCAGGCGGGCGUUGUGGCGUUCCUUUAGCACAUGUGGUGGUCAGUCAUCUGUGAGCCUUUACCUUGAGCAAACUGUACAGGUGGGUGCUUUCCUGUUACAGCACUGGCGUCUUCUCCUGUGAGCUUCUCUAGCUACUUUGGUGUGCCUGACAUUUCCUAGAUGGUAUAGAAUCUCAUUAACCAAACUCCAGAACGUGUGGUGGGAGGGCGCAUACCGGGCCGGGCCCUUUUUCUACCACAGACCCUUAUUAACAUUCUGGUUGCAUUUUUGCAUUCAGCUCCUCAUAUUUACAGCCCCAUCAAGGGCUCAGAGGAAGCUGAGAGACCUCUCUCUUAACCUCUGCUGGCCAAGGUGGCUUCUGUCAGGCCAAAGAAGAAAGAACAUGCAGGGACAUCUGCUUUGCCACUCUGGGAAUUGCUUUGGGUUUUGUUAUCAAAGGAUUUUGUUAUGAAAAAGUUACCUGUAUCCUAAAUUCAGCUGGACCUUGGUUUAGCUACCUGCUUCCUGAGAAGGGAAGUGAGCUCUACCUUUGAUAAAGCCAUUAAAAAAAUAGCAUUUUUACAGCCUUUAAAAGCGUAUUCCCCUCUGUGAGCCUAGCUGCCUCACAACAGCAAGGUCCUGGGCAAAUCCAAAAGCUUGCAGGUGAGGAAACCACUUGCCUUUUGAUUGGCAAAGGCAUUUCCAGGUGAACUGAUCAAAUAUUCAGAACUAUCACAUGCUGUGCAUAUCCUGUAGAAUAUGUUUUCUUUGAUAGGAUGUGAUGGAUCUUUAGAAUUAACCUGUUCUUUUAAAAAGGGUCACACAGGAUUUUAGCUCUCUCCAGUUUAUGAAAAUGUACAAGUCUCAUAUGUUUGUGUGAAUUUAACUAAAUUAUUCCAAAAUCAGCACUACAGUAAGGAUUUUAACCUGUUUUUCCGCAGGCUUUUAAAAUACACACUUUGAUCCUUAUACCUGCAGGUGAUUCAAAGUGAGAAAGCCCAGUCUCUCAUUUUCACAUAUUUGGGAAUAAUGCAGGAUUUGGGUUCCCAAAAUUCUGAAUUACAUUUUGUGAAGUGAAUAUGGAUCUGGAAGUUACUGGGGGAAAGGAAGCGGGGGGCAGGGGGUGAAAGAGAAAGGUGUGGGACUGACUGGGGCAGGGCCUAGGCAAUCCGCAUGCCAGUGGCACUUCAUAGAAAAGCUGUCUGGGAUGGGGCCUCUUACCUGUUGGCUGGAGUGAAGUCCUGUUAACCAGGUCAAUUUAGAACUGCCCAGGGUGAAGGAAGAGUGAGUAUUUAGACUCGUCCUUAUUAUUAAGGAGCUUCUCUGUAUUUAUUUGUGGCAGCUGCUGUACAGGUAACUCUCUUAAUGCUACUAAAAUUAUAUAUAAAAGGAGAUAAAGCACUGCAAAUACAGAGAAGAAUGUAGUAAAUUAUGGGUGUUAUAGUAUCAGUACUGGCAUUUGCUGUUUUAGGUACCUGAUUUAUAUUAUAAAAACUAUGUGUGUAUGGGGAUUAAAGGGAAAAAAACCCACACAAGCAAAACUACAUUGGUAACAAAAUUUGUUUGCUUAACUCUGAAAGCACGGCUCCCCUUAUGCAUCUGGAGGAUAAGCAACCAGCACCAAUACAAUUUUUUUUGUUCCACUUUUCUCAAUUUCAUCUUCAAUACAGUAAUAUUUAUCUACAAUGGGUGGUAGCUGGCUUGACAGGAACUGUGAGUCAAAAUGAUUUCCCAGGCAGACGCUCUUUCAGGUUUUUGCCAAUUCCUUACUGUCUGUGCUGGCUUUCUCAUCUUUACCAAGAACAACAACAAAAGGCUAUGAUUCAAAUAUCUGAAACAGUAGCUAUUGUACUGCUCCUAAAAUCUCCUUAGACUGCAUGGUUUGAAUAGGAAUUGUUGACAUUCAACAACAAAAAAAUGCAUUUAAAAAGCCAAAGCCUGCUGUGACGCUGCUUAACUAUUAGGAGGGAAAGUUAGUUCUUUGUGAGCAAAGCCAGCCCUGCCCAGUAACAGUUGCUACGCAGGGAGCUGUAUUAAGGCAGGAAGGGGUCACUUCAUACAGACCUCCCUCAUCAUCUGCCUACAGCAUGUUACUGAGUUGUCAGCAUGUGUGAAUCCUAAUCUGAAGGCAAAUGUUUCAGCUAACUUGGUAAAAAGUAAUGGUCCAUGAUUUUUCUCUCUUCACCAGCUUGCAUGUUUUCUGUAGCAACAAUAAGCGUUUUCCCUGCAAGCAAGAGAUCUAUCAGGAAUAGAGUUCUGACAUUUUAGUAACUGUAUUACAGAAAAAUACUAGAAUACCACAAUGAUUAGAAGUCCUGAUCUGGACUCCUUUGUUUGUUGUGCUGUGUGUUCAAAAAUAAUACCACCACCACCUUCCAACGCUACUUGUGAUUGGAUUCGGGAGUAUAAGCCUUUCAGAACGCGGUAUUACACUCAUCGUGAUAUACUGGAGAUUGGAGCAGACAUUCAACAAGAACAACAUGAAAAGAAGGAGGCAGAGAUACAAGAGCGCAUUGAAAAAAUGAAAGCUGAACUUUGGGCUCAGGCUGAAAUGCACAAGGAAGAUGCAGUGGAUAAAGCUCUCAAAGAGGCAGCCGCUAACCACAGUGCAUUUGUACAAGACCUUAAACAAAAACUUGGAAAGGAAUUAAGGGAAGAGGUGAGGAAGGCGAAGGCAGAGAUGCAGCAGUACAUGGAGGAUGAGCAGAAGAGAGAGGCUGAAGCUGCAGAGCAGCGCAUGGCUCACAGAAUUCAGUGCACCCUCAUGGAGUAUGCCCGGGAGAAGAUGCAGGCGGUGGCCGAAGCCAGGAAACAGGAGAGGGAGGCGGCCCUGAAGGAAGCAGCCAGGCAGCACAGAAAGCACUUAGAGCAACUCAAAGAAGAAAGUAUGUUAGCUGAGGAACUAUAUCGUAAGAGUAUAGAGCAAUUAAACACAGAAAAAUGUCAUGAGUUUAAUAUUGCCCUGAGUAUCACACGAAAAGAGAAUCAGAUUGAGACUGAAAAACAGCUCAAAGAAGCAGAGACCGUCCAUCUUGAUGAGCUGGAAAAAGUGAUGGCUACACUGAAAGCAGCAGAAGAACAGGUAAAGACUCUCACACAACAACUGGAAAAGAUGACAGAUUGGAAGGACAGCCUGGAAACUGAAAUACAAGCAACAAGACAAGCUUUUCAAAAGUAUAUUGAUGCCACAUUUCCUAACCUGUCCCCUGGACAAGCAGAUUUUAUUCUGCCAUUCAGAAAAGCAUUUGAGCAGAAGGAGACCCCAGAAGAAGCAGAGGACAGUGACAAGGAAUGUAAGAGAACUAGUAUUAGAAGUGCAAGAUUCACAGCCAUGACUAAACAGAACUACAAAUAGGUGAUGCUGAAAAAUAAAUUCAUUUCUGUUCACUGAAUUA